AUGUUCAGAUCCAUUCUUCAUCAACAAAAAGCUGUUCAAUUCAGCGUAAGAUCCUUGGCUACUGCAGCUGCUGAAAAGGCCCCAAGAUUAAAGAAAUUCCAAAUUUAUAGAUGGAACCCAGAUACACCAGAAGUUCAACCAAAAAUGCAAACCUACGAAGUCGAUUUGAACAAAUGUGGACCUAUGGUUUUGGAUGCUCUUUUGAAAAUCAAAAAUGAACAAGAUGCUACUUUGACUUUGAGAAGAUCAUGUCGUGAAGGUAUUUGUGGUUCAUGUGCCAUGAACAUUGGUGGAAGAAAUACAUUGGCUUGUUUAUGUCGUAUAGAUCAAGACGAAUCUAAAGACUUGAAAGUUUAUCCAUUACCACACAUGUUUGUUGUCAGAGAUUUGGUUCCAGAUUUGACUCAUUUCUAUAAACAAUAUAAAUCCAUUGAACCAUAUUUACAAAGAGAUUCUAAUCCAGCUGAUGGUAGAGAAAAUUUGCAAAGUAUUGAAGAUAGAGCUAAAUUAGAUGGUUUAUACGAAUGUAUCUUGUGUGCUUGUUGUUCUACUUCUUGUCCUUCAUACUGGUGGAAUCAACAACAAUAUUUGGGUCCAGCAGUCUUGAUGCAAGCUUAUAGAUGGUUAAUUGACUCCAGAGACCAAGCCACUGCUAAUAGAAAGGCCAUGUUGCAAAACUCAAUGUCUUUGUACAGAUGUCAUACUAUUAUGAACUGUGCCAGAACAUGUCCAAAGGGGUUGAAUCCAGGUAAAGCUAUUGCUGAAAUUAAGAAACAAUUGGCAUUUGAUUAA